GAAAGAGAAUUAAAAGAAUAAAAUAGAACAAAAGGCAAGAUAACCAAGAAAAAUGGCCAAUAAUGGCAGUGGUGUUCGAGUGGAUGAAUCAUCACUUGUAUCCUUGUUGGAUCAUUCAUCUUCAAAAACCACAAACCAAGAACUCGAACUUCCGUUUCACCAACAAUUCUUGAUCGAGUCCAAGAAGCUAUGGCACAUUGUUGGGCCCUCGAUCUUCAGCCGUGUAGCUACCUAUUGCAUGUUCGUCAUCACACAAGCCUUCGCUGGACAUCUAGGCGAUCUUGAACUUGCUGCCGUCUCCAUCGCCACAAAUGUCAUCGUUGGCUUCGACUUUGGCCUCUUGUUGGGGAUGGCAAGUGCUUUGGAGACACUAUGUGGCCAAGCGUACGGGGCCAAAAACUAUCGAAUGUUGGGGGUGUAUCUACAACGCUCAUGGAUCGUGCUUUUCGUAUGUUGUAUAAUACUUUUACCCUUAUACAUAUUCACCACACCAGUGCUAAAACUGCUCGGACAACCCGCAGACAUAGCCGAGCUCUCAGGUGUGGUGUCAAUGAGUCUGAUACCCGUUCAUUUCAGCCUAUGCUUUCAGUUGCCGUUGCAAAGGUUUCUUCAAUCUCAACUUAAAACAUCAGUCAUCGCAUGGGUUUCACUGGCCGCGUUGGUGGCUCAUUCGGUGAUGACUUGGCUGGUUGUGACCAAGUUUCAGAUGGAACUUGUUGGGACGAUUGUUGUAUUGAAUAUUUCGUGGUGGUUGAUCGUUAUAGGGUUGUUUGCUUAUGUGGUGUUCGGUGGUUGCCCGGAAACUUGGAGAGGGUUUUCAAUGGAAGCUUUUUCUGGAUUGUGGUCGUUUGUCAAACUCUCGGCAGCUUCCGGCGUCAUGUUGUGUUUGGAGAACUGGUACUACAGAAUAUUGAUAGUGAUGACAGGAAACUUGGAGAAUGCAAAAAUCAUGGUUGAUGCUUUGUCUAUAUGCAUGUCCAUCAAUGGCUUUGAACUCAUGAUCCCUCUUGGAUUCUUUGCAGGAACCGGAGUUAGGGUUGCAAACGAGCUAGGAGCAGGCAAUGGCAAAGGCGCUAGAUUCGCUACCAUAGUGUCGGUUACAACAUCCACGAUAAUAGGUGUUGUCUUCUGGAUCUUAAUCUUGCUAUUCCACAACGAGCUAGCAUUAAUAUUCACAAAUAGUGAACCCGUAUUGGAUGCCGUGAGCCAACUUUCACUUCUCUUGGCCUUUACCAUUCUUCUGAAUAGCAUUCAACCUGUUCUUUCAGGUGUUGCGGUAGGGUCCGGAUGGCAAUCAUAUGUAGCAUACAUCAACUUAGGAUGCUACUAUUUGAUAGGACUCCCAAUGGGAUUUGUCAUGGGAUGGGUUUUCCAACUUGGAGUCAUGGGUAUUUGGGCGGGGAUGAUUCUCGGAGGAACUGCAUUUCAAACGUUGGUAUUAGCUAUCAUCACAAGUCGUUGUAAUUGGGAAUUGGAGGCACAGAAAGCAAGUAAACAUGUAAAGAAGUGGGCAGUUGUGCAUUGAAGAUGACAAAUUACUAUAUCCUUUUAAUUAAACUGAAAUCUUGCGCCAAUCGCUUCAUGUUCUUGUAUCGCAUCUAUUAAUUAUUUCUAUGUAUGUUAUUCAUAUGUAACCGUGGCAAGAUUGAAAAUUUAGCAUUAAAUUUUGGCCGCAUUGCAUGUGCUACCUGAUUUGAUAGUGACAUUGCAAGAAAGGUAUGGUUUGCCCAAGUAAGGCAACACAUAAAUUGAUCAAAAGUACUUCACCA